UGUGUUCUUGAGUCCUGCUCUGUUGUACUCGAGUGGAGCGCUCUGCAGGGACUUGAUUACUGUGCUGCUAGACUCAGGACUAUAUCACCCCACUUUGGAGAUGGCUUCUGCGCUGGUGAGGUCCACAGUGAUGAUAAGGGAGAAGAUGAUCUGCAGGAUCCUGCUGCUCCUCAUCCUCACCUCAUGUGUCUCUGGAUCAUUUGUAGUCAAUGUGACACAGACCUCCUAUCAGGCAGAGGAGAACCACAACAUCACACUGGAGUGGACGUUCACCACCAACCCUGAGAGCUCCCCCCAAACUUUCAACAUCCUCUGUGAACUGAUAACUGAGCAUAGAUUCUCACUCCUGUAUCAUGUUCAUGAAGGUGUUGAGGUGUCAGAGUCUCAGGAUGCAAAGUUUUCAGGACGAGUCCAGAGUGACAAAGACGCCCUCAGAGAAGGACGAAUGAGACUUCAACUGUCCAGACUCAGGACUGAUGACUCGGGUGUGUACGUGUGUGAGGUCAACACUGAUGAUGGCUUCGGUGUUGGAAGAUGUCAGCUUAACAUCACUGCUGCUGAUCAACUUGAGAAAGAAACUUUGAGUCCAAAGCCAAAGAGUCCAAAGAGUCCAGGAGACGCCAUUUUUUAUGUUAUGCUGGGAAUGGGACUAACAGCAACAGCAGUUCCACUGGCCUUUUGUCUGUCUGAUGUCAUCAGAAACAUUAAGAAAGAAAGCAGAUCAUAGAGUGUCUCCAUUUACAGUAUUUCUGAAAUGCUCCAUUCCCCAAACCAAAUCCAGGCACUUAGACAUGCAACUCUCACUCUCUUUUGUGCAACAACAUGUAAACACAUUCAUUGUGUCAAACACAUUCUCACAUGAGGGAGAUUGAGGGGGAUCGUCCACGGAUGACCAUGAGGGAAGCAGGACAAAGGGUCCCAUCCAAUCAGAGCAGAUUCUCUGUGGCAGCAUCAUCAGGAUAUUCACUGUUCCAUGCUGUACAACAUUUGACACACAGUGUGCCACACUGCAAGUACUGUGAUGUUCAUUACAACGCAAUGUC